AUGGGUGCCCUAUUAGAACCGCGAGCCAGAUGCUACAGCAGCUAUCGCGGCUACUAUCGUUGCAAUCGAUGGAAUGACUGGGGUCGCUGGGUCGCCUUUGGUGUGAUUGUUGGAGUGGCUUUGCUCGCAUUUUUCGCUCUAUCAUGCUUCAACGCUCGACGACGCCGCAGAAGGGGCCUUCGCCCAUACGCUGGGACUGCCUGGAUGGCUCCUCCUCCACCGUAUCACCCACAGACACAUCAAGAUCCCUACAAUCAGCCUCCCCCGCCUCCGCAAUACACGCAACAACCACCUCCUCAGGGAUACUUUGGAGGCCAGCCAGGAAUUGAGUUACAGCAACCACCAAAUGCGUACUACGGGGGACAACAGCCUCCGUAUGGAGGCCAGCCUGUUUACCAGCCGCCAUCUGGCCCGCCACCUCCGGGAUUCAACGGGAAGCCUUAG